UAUCGAUCGGUAUUUUUGGUACGGUACAGUAUAUCAUCCCUGUAUAUCAUCCCUAUAUAUAUAUCCAUAUUUAUUUUGACUAUAAUCACCAAUUAAUUAUUAUCCAACUAUGCUUUAAUUUACUUCAAUUAGCCAUAGUCAUCUUCUUCAACCUCACCCUAGAUCGAUUCAAUUAAUUCUCUUCUCCCCACAACAAUGGCUACCACACUACAAAAAAUCCCCACCAAUCGAACGGCCGAACGACGUCGUUUCGAUGAGUCGAAAGCCGGCGUCAAAGGCCUUGUCGACGGCGGCAUCGCCAAGGUGCCCGCCAUUUUCCGGCAUCCACCGGAGACCCAUUUUUCCGACAACCUCGGCACCAAUUACGCAAUCCCGACCGUCGAUCUCCAAGGCGUGGAUGACGACGACAGUGAUCACCGGCAACGGAUAGCGACACAAAUUAGGGAUGCCGCAGAGUCGUGGGGAAUCUUUCGUGUCGUCAAUCACGGCAUCCCCCGGCGCAUUCUUGACGACGUGAUCCGAGGUGCGAGGGAUUUCCACGAGCUAGAAAUCGAGGCUAAGACUCGGUUCUACUCACGCGAGCAUCGCGACGGGUUGGUUUAUUGUAGCAAUCCAAACUUGUUUACGCUACCCGUGGCCGAGUGGCGCGACACAUUUUCGUGCUCGAUGGCUCCUGUCGCGCCGGCCAUUGAGGACUUGCCCGCCGUAUGCGGGGGUAUUUUGAUCGAGUUUGGAGAGCGAGUGAUGCAAUUAGGGCGGUGUUUGUUCCGGCUAAUGUCGGAAGGUUUAGGACUCGGAUCGAAUAGGUUGCUAGAAAUUGGAUGCGACGAGGGUUUAACGGUGAUCGGGCAUUACUACCCGGCGUGCCCGGAGCCGGAGGCGACUUUGGGAAUUCGGAGGCAUUCGGACAGCAAUUUCUUGACAAUUUUGGUCCAGGACAAUCUGGGAGGGCUUCAAGUUUUGCAUAAGGAUAAAUGGGUGAACGUUGAGCCCUUAUCGGGAUCUCUUGUGGUCAACGUUGGAAGUAUUCUUCAGAUGAUAACAAAUGACAAAUUAAAGAGUGUGGAGCACAGGGUUCUAGCAAAAAGUACAGGGCCAAGAGUUUCAGUGGCGAGUUUUUUCUCGACCGGAAGGAAUCCUUCGAGUAGGGUUUAUAGUCCAAUCGAAGAGCUUUUGUCGGAAGAGGAUCCUCCUAGGUAUCCCGCCUUAACUUUUAUGGACUUCUACACAUGUUUUAAAGCCAAUGCCUGCGAUGGCUCUUCUACUUUACGACAUCUCAAGCUAUAAAUAAAGUUUAUGUGCCGACGCCAAUGAAUCACGGCGCGGGGAAUGCACCAAAGAAGAAAUGAAAAAUUAAUGAGAAUACAAUUAAUAAUAAAUAUAAAACAUAAAUAAAGUGCUCAUUUUUUUUUAGAUUUGUUGACUUAAAAAUUUGAUUUUCUGUCUAAAAUUUCUC